AUGCAUCGCACGCCACAACCCCCAUCCCCCGUCAAAUGGUUCGGCAUCUACGCCGCGGUCUUGACCAUCCUCUUCCUCAUCAUCAUGGCCAUCGCCUUCGUCAAAGCCGCGCCUGGCUCUAACCCUGACAACCAAUGGGCAAUGCACUGGUUGAUCGUGUUCGGGGUGUGCACGCCGAUCGCGCUGCUGAACGGAGCGGCCCUCUUCUUGCCCCGCUCGAAGUUCACGUACGUGUAUCACAUGCUGAUGAUCGUGAGCGGGAUCUCGAGCUGCAUGUUCCCCUUCGCCCUCCCCCUGCUGGUGACCUACCUCAAGCCCGAGGUAAAGCGUUGGUUUGGCUUCGAGGCCGAAGAGCCCGAAGAGACCUCGGGAAACAACACGAGCGCAUCGAACGGCUCGAACAACACCACGCUGGCCAACAACCAGACGACGCCAGCCUCAGCGCUCGAGGAAUGCAGCGCCGAGGCUGGCGUCGUGCGCUUCACGACGAGCGAUGGCGUCGAGCUGGUGGCUGAUUUCACGCCCGCUGCACAUCAAGGAAGGGGCGCCGUGCUCCUCUUUCAUAUGAUCCCUCCGAGCAAUGACCGCUCGAGCUAUCCCCCUCGUGUUCGAGAAGCGCUGGCGGCGCUCGACCUGAACGUGCUCAACGUCGAUCGGCGCGGCGCGGGAGAUUCGGGCGGGAACGCGCAGGAUGCCUACACCGGCGAGACCGCCAGCCUGGACGUGGAAGCCGCCGUCAGCUUUAUGCUCUCGGAUGAGGCGCCCUGUCGGAUCGAUGCCGAGGAGAUCCUGCUCGUGGGCGCGAGCAACGGGACGACAUCCGUCUUCGACUAUGUAUCGAGCCGCCAGAAUAGCGCACUUCCUGGCCCCGAGGCCGUCAUCUGGCUCUCACCGGGCUCCUACACCGAGGCGCAAAACAAGAUCCGGCGCAGUGAUAUCGAGUCCUGCCCGGUGCUGAUCGUGCACCCGGAUAAUGAACCGUGGGCGACCCAAUACAACGGGGAAAACGAGGCGUGGCGCAUCAUCGAGAUCGAGAACGGGCGUCACGGCACGGGGAACUUCGAUAAUGGCGAUCGCGAGGCAGUCCAGCUCGGCGAGAUGGUGGACUGGGCGACAAAACACGUCGCCAGGUAG